GGAGUCCGAGCUACGAGGUCCAUUCCAUUCGUGGGAUAGUUGAUGUGUUGGUUAUUUGACGGAAAUAGAUGAGACGAUGGAUGCUUUGACUUGACGAUGGGGUUUGAGAAAGUGUGGCUGGUGAGAAGCUCAAGAUGGAAGUGUGGCGUUGGAUGGUAUGGCGGGGUAAAAUUGAUGUGGCGUAGAGGUUAAUGUGGAAGGAGGGGCAAAAAGAUGGAAAAGUUGUGGAAGUCAUGAUUCACACCGAGGUUGAAGCUUAAUUUAUUUUACUUCCUCGGUUUCGAGCUUCUCAUGACUGUUUGAUCGCAAAUUCUAUCAUUGUUCUUGAAAUACCAACAUCUACGAAGCGAUAAUAUCCUGCCCACUAUCGUAGCUUGCGACAGGCGCACAAUCUGGCAGAAGACGAUUCUACAGGCGCCGAUCUGGCAUACAAGGUUUUCACACCGAGGGACAGCCAGGAGGACGAUUCGAAACCACAGCAGUGGGAAGAAUUUGGCCACACAUUCGAACCUGGAGAGCUUGAACUUCUCAAGCAAAGUAUCGCCCAAAUGGCUCUCAGCAGGAUCGACGGCCAGGAUGAGCUAUUCGUCGGAGGGCUCUGGGCUUUGCGCCGCUCAGACUCGCUGACAGAUCGUCGCAUCACGCAUGUCCUCUCGCUCGUCCCAUUCGACAUAUCAAGCCUCAAAAACUUCAAGGACGAGCCGUGGAUCGAUUAUGGAAAGGACCUACAACACCAAGUUAUCGACAUUGACGAUGUGGAGGACGCUGACUUGCUGAUUGAGCUGCCCAAGGCUGUCAGAUUCAUCGAGGAAGGUCUAGGCGCGAGCUGGCUUGCGAAGGAUGAGGAGGAGGAUGGGGGCGUCUCGUUAGAGAAGGGUGUCGAGGACCUCGAUAUCGGGGAGAAGAAGAGGAAGAAGAAGGGAGGCGUCUUUGUUCACUGUGCGGCUGGAAAGUCGAGGUCUGUUUCGGCGAUUAUUGCUUACCUGCUUAGGCGGUAUCCAAGCCGUUUCGACCCCAAUAUCACGCCGACUGCUAUUUCGGAUCCGACCCACUCGGUUCCCCAGACUGGGGAGAAGCGUUCGAGAAAGGAUACCGCUAAAGAGGCUGUCCAUGCUGCACUUACGUUUGUGCGCAGGACUCGACCCAUGGCUGAACCUAACGAGGGAUUCAUGGAACAGUUAGCCUUGUGGUGGGAGAUGGGUUGCCCGGAUGAUGUUGAGGGACACCCUGUCUAUCAGCGGUGGGCUUACAAGCGUGAAAUCGACGAGAACCUUGCAGUAGGCCAGGCACCGACGAGGCUUCGUUUCGAGGAUGAAGAGACCCAGCCUCGUGAUGACUCGGGUCUUAGUCUGCGAUGUAAGAAGUGCCGUCGAGCUUUGGUCACGGCACCCUUCAUUGUGGAGCACAAGCCUUCUGACAAGAAGUCCUCGGCGUCUACAUGCCAGCACUACUUUGUCGAACCACUCAGCUGGAUGCGCGGGGUCCUCGAACAGGGAGAGCUCAACGGAAGAUUAUUAUGCCCUAAUUCAAAGUGUGGCGCUGGUGUAGGCCGGUACGACUGGAAGGGCUUUCGGUGCUCCUGCGGCGGGUGGGUGACGCCGGCGUUCUCGCUACAGAAGGCGAGGGUCGACGACGUCGUCAAACGGCCGGCGACUCAGAGCAUGGGCAUCCGGAUGCCGCCCGGGUUAGCUCCACGGAGCGGAAACUUGUGAAGACAGGUAAGGGCGAAAUCACUACCAACCAAUACUACACAAGAGCGCCGCAUAAACACCGAUUCAGGCCCAUGUUACCGAUCCGUGCCCUGAGAGACCCGUUUGUUAUGUCCGGUUCUUGAGGCAUGCCGCAUAUUGCUUGACAGGUCCGUCUGGACAUGGAGCUUUGCCCUUCUCGAGAUAUAUUCCGCUCUGGCAUGAUGCAUCUCUCGUGGCGAGCAGGCCACUGGGAGAGAGGCAGCAAAAGCCGGCGGGGUACCAGGCGGGAUCAAAAAGUCCUAGGGCUUACAGGGCGUGAGGUGUGCGUCGUGGAAAGGAGAAGAGAAAGUGUGUCGUGGUGCAUUUUGCAUCUCCUCGUGGAUAAGCCGGGAGACUCGGGCUGCAGGAAGAGGGGAUCUUCGCAAGAGCAGAUGGUUCCUGGGAGACCAAGUCCGACGGAGAGAAAAGGGAGUCCGAGUUCGGGGUCCAGUGAAGAAGACACAAGGCAUCAGCACUAGACCUCGUUGGAAGUGUCGUGUCACCGUUUCUACCUGUCAGAGAUCAGAUCGACAUCUAAGCAGAAGAAAGCGUAACAUGCGCACGCCUCUGUCUAUACAUACAAUAGAGCCCUACAACUCUGCAUGGGCAGAUCCUUCGAAUGUUUAGCUCCAUAAUUCGACGUCUUGUCGUCUUAUUCCCAUGUGGAUCUCGUUCUCCAUAACCGCUCUACUUUCAACUAUCUAAUAAUCGAGGCAAUUCUAAGGACAGCCCUAGCUCGAAUCCUUCUAUAUGGCCCGGCUCUUACAUAGCUUGCUCGAUCCACCACGGAAUUCCGACAUAGCCCAGCCACUAACCAACUGACUAUAGGGCUGAUCCCAGGAUUUAAAGCCAUGAAAAAGGAAAACAAAAGAAGAAAUCACGAAACCUGAAUACGCUGCGCUUACUGAUAUACCCCGUUUCGCCUUGGUCUGAAACCCAUAUCGGGCGUAAGCCAGUCAGCACCACCGUCUUCACCUUCGCUUGAAGGAUCAUACGCGUUGUGGGAAUAACCUUGGAUGUGAGCUUGUACAGCGGGGACAUUUUUGUCCAAAGAACCCUUUUUUACCUAUCGCCAUUUGAUCUAUGAUGCGUCAAGGCGGAGAAAAAAGAAGACAGCGCUGUCUUGGCGGUUCCGCUUACGCCCGGCGAUUGCCCUUUGGGGUAUAUACGUUAUCUGUUUGUCUUACAGCGACAUUUCAGCCUUUUGAGGGCUGUAUUUAGCCCUAUUUUGUGUGGGAAAGUUGGAGUUAUCUAGACGCCAUGCUUGGCGGGCAUAGCUUCGAUGCUGGUCAUAGCUCCCCUUGUCAAUUCUCAUGACGUCUUUGCUCGCAUCUUGAUACCGCUUUUGACCUCGAGGUUCUUGAUCAUGGGGGAGUGAAUACUAUGGACUAGUUGGUUGCUGGGGGCCAACUAGUUAGCAACUAUCUACCCGCAGCAUGCCUCAUCGACGGGUGCAUCUUACUGCAUGACACGUUUUUCCCAUCUUGGGUUAGAGUCUGUGUUGACAACGAAUGUUUGGAGCGGUCCUCCAGAGAUGUAACGGUGCGAACAUAGCCAAGCGAAGGAAUAUGAACUAUACCUCGAAUUGUUCAUGAACUGACCACUUGCGAGUCAGCCCUAUCUUGUAGCCUGCUCAUACAAAGUUAUUCCAGCAAGGCCCUAGAACAAGGGCAGAGUAGCACUCAUCUAGGCUCCUCCAACAAGGAGGGGCGUGCUAUAAACCACUUCUUGCUCACACACACCCCUGAAAACGAUACAUGCUCGUCUGACAGCAUACAAGUACCCAACAUGCUCAGUUCGUCUGUCUAUCCCCGAAGGGAAAGGCACGCGUUUUUUUCCCUCUCUGACUGCAACCCCAACCCACCGGAAGGAUUUGUAGCCGUUGGACCCCUUCAUAGAUCUGCGGGAAGUCUUUUUCCUGGGUCUUGCGCUGUCAACACCCUCGGCAUUCCCGAUUUAUGAAACCUGGAAGAGCAUGAAACUUGAUGGGAGCGUUUAUAGAAACAUAAGAAAAUUCUAUUUUGAGCUACUGCAUGGGCUCAUACUCUCCGUUGCCGAUGAGAUUAGGCCUGUGUGGUUGUAUUUGUAUGGAAGGAUGCUCUUAUUGUUGUCGCGCGAUCACUGUGACGAGCCCGAGCCGUUGGUACUUGGCGUAGACCGCUUCUCUAUUUCAGAGAGAGAAAUAUCUUGGAGAGUCACAUGUCUUGUUUUGCAUGUCUCAUGUCAGCCCUAUAAUCACGCUGUGGAGUAUACUCGGACUCGGGGACUUCAAGUCAUGAACUAAAAGACCACAAUCUGUGGCUUGUUACCAAGGAGCAGAAUAAAUGACGCUAUCAUAUAACAUGUCAUUGCGUGCGACGGCAUCUAGGAUGAUUCAGGUCCUUGCAGGAGUAGUGCUCUCAAUGCAUGUCACUUUACUCAACCUUUCGAUCAUUAUGUAUAUCUGCAGUCAUCACCUAGAGACAAAGAUCAUUCCUCUCUCCACUGUUGUAUUACAAACAAUAGCAUGAGUCCAAAUUCUUAUUCUCAACAUGUUGAAUCCUUUGACUCGCUCUCCUCUCGGAUCCGAGGCUCGUAAGGUCACCGAGUUCUAUACGCUUACACCUAAGAGCUUGUAGAUGCCGUAAUUCUGCGGAGAAGUUUACAAGGAUGUAAGCUAUCAGAAAUCUUCACCUUGACACCGCUUCACGAUGGCCUUUUACUUUGCGCGCGAAUAAGCCAUCAGUGAACCUCGGAGCAAGCGAGCAUCACAUCACAAUUAUAAUCACAGUAUUGAACUUGUAUGCCCUCUGAGUGGGAGUUGUCGCGGCUCUUCCAGCUCUUGAUUUCCAAGCCCAAAAGAUGUAAGAGUAAGCACUA